AUGAAUAAUAAUUGGAUUGAUGAUAAAAUAGAAUCCUGGAUCUUGACCAAUGAUUUCAUUGCUGAUAAAGAAAGAGAAUUCUUGGUUCAGUUCUCUACCUUAACGACAGAAAAAAGGCUGGAUCAAAUUUUAUUGAGUCUGACUAAUAGUGAUCAGUUAUCAAAGAAUAACUCUGGUUAUCAAAUGAUUGAGAAACCAGGAACAAUUUACUUACGAUAUUUAAUUGACAUUCGUAAAAAGGAUUUGAUGAAUUAUGAGUUCAAUAUAUCCUGCUUAGCAGAAAGACGAGGGUAUUUUAGUGAUAGGUAUGUUCCUUUCAUUACAGUAUUUGUAAACAAGUUCCUGGAUAACUUUCCUAAGGGUUUUAAUAGUGAUGAUAGUGAGGACGACAUGUUUGAUGAAAGAGAGGGUACCAUUUACAGUCUUUUACCUAAUAACGAGGGUAGUUGCUAUAAUUCUGAUAAUUAUGAAAGGGAUGAUAGUGACGAUCUCGACCGUAAGCUUGAUAGCCAGUUGAAGUUUCUAAGUAUGGAGGAUCCGGCAUCUAGCAAUCUGAUAGAAAUAGACUGUUUUUAUCUCACGCUUCAAUUCGAAUUAGCAAAAGCAAUGUAUCCUUGCAUAAUUUGGAUUCCAAACAUUCAUGAUCUGGAUAGGAAUGAGCCAAAUGUCUUAUCGUUGGGUAUAUUAGUGAACUCUCUUUCCAGCGAUUUAGAAAAAGGUUCUAUUAGAAAUAUUUUAGUUAUUGCUUCUACUCAUAUUCCAAAAAAAGUAGACCCUGCUUUAAUAGCUCCGAAUAAAUUAAGUACAUGCAUUAAGAUACGGAGGCUUUUGUGA